CUCGUUUACCCUUUAAUCCAAUCAUUAUCCCAAAGAAAAAAAAAAUCACAUUUUCCAUUUUCCCCAAUUUUCCCGUUCUUUCAAUCUUUCAUUUUCGAUUGCUCCCCUUGCUUUUUCACCUUUAGGAGACAACAAAGCUCUGAAACGAGGUAGCCCACCUGCUGCAAUUCGCCAUUUCUCCCUUUCUUUUCGUCUCUUACCUCAGUUUUUUUUCCCUCCAUUUCGUCUCGCUGCGAGCUGCUCUAGCCAACGGAUGCAUGGAGUUUCUAAUUUUUUAGUUUCUGUGAAGGAUUUUCGUGAAAUGGUUUUCCUCUUUGAUCCGGUUGUGCCGUAAUUCGCCUGUUUGAAGUCUCGCAGGACAGAUGGGAACAGCCUCUGUACAAUGUCUGAUUAACAGUAUUUCCAGAUUCAUUCAUCUAGUUUCAUGCCAAACUACGAAGCCUUUGCCUCUUCCGAAGGGUUGCAGAAAUCUCUCUGUUGUCCUAAAGCUUUUGAAACAUUUGCUUGAUGAUGUCAUUAGCCUCAAACUGUCUUCAGAUGAGUUACUUUACAGAGAAUGUGAAGCACUGGAUAUAGCUGUUAAUGAGGCUCGGGAGUUUGUAGAAAACUGGUGUCCUAAGAUGAGCAAAAUUUGCAGCGCUUUGAAAUGUGAUCCACUCCUCAUAAAGAUUCAAAACUCUUCACAAGAUAUUUGUGAGAGUGUUUGGAAGUUAUCGGAAUCAGUAUCCUGUAGCUCAAGUCUAAAUGCUAUUCAGAAUUGUCUUGAAGGCCUUCAAUCAUUGAAGCAAGAAAGGAUAUCUGAAUGUAUUGAAGAGGCUCUAAUUAGUCAAAGAACUGGUGUUGGCCCUAACUCUGAACAUCUUUUAAAAAUUGUCGAGUCGCUUCAUUUGAUGUCAAAUCAAGAACUUCUGAAGGAGACUAUAGCUGUUGAAAAGGAGAGAAUUAAUGCUGAACGCAAUAAUGCGACGGAGGACCUAGAUCACAUCAACCAAAUUAUGGAUCUAAUUAUCCGUAUACGAGAUUGGAUGGUUAGAAAGGACUACUUUCAUGGGAUAAAUGGAGUCUCAGUUCCUUCGUACUUCCGCUGCCCCUUGUCAUUGGAGCUGAUGCUUGAUCCAGUAAUCGUUGCAUCCGGCCAAACUUAUGACAGGUCCUCCAUUCAAAAGUGGAUUGACAGUGGGCUGACCAUUUGCCCCAACACUCAUCAGACGCUCACACAUACAAAUCUCAUUCCCAAUUACACUGUUAGAGCUAUGAUAUUGAGUUGGUGCGAUGAAAACAAAUUGAAUAUUUCCAAUCUAUCAUCGUUGGUUCAGUUGUCUCAGCAGGAUCUGAAUCGAAGUGAUAGCUUUCGUUAUUCUUUACAUGGUAGUAAUUCAACUGCAAGAUCAUCUCCAGAUGUUGAAAAUAGAUCUGACAAGCAAAAUGGGGAUGUUUUUGCUAGUUUAAUUGGGGAAAAAUCAAAUGAGAGUAGGAGGAACGGAACAGAAAAGUUUGACCACUCUUCCCCUCAGCAGUCAUAUGUCUACAGCAGGAGUGUAUCAGCCUCCAGUGCCUUCUCUAGCAUUGAUUAUGUUCCAUCAGCACCUAAUGAGUUGAUGAAGAUAUCAAAUAAACACGAAUACAUAAAGGAAUUAUCUGGAGAAAUCACAUCAGAACUUCCUGCUGCAUCUCAUAACGAAAUAUCGGGAUUUACAUCAUCAUUAGGAGGUGGACAGUUACAAGCUUUCAGAACAGAAACAGGAAUGGUGGAGAAUGAAAACUGUAACGGUACAAUGGAUAACUCAAUUCCAGUUCUGGAAUCUGAAUCUGAUAACUCGACUGCAACUUUACGUGUUAAGAAAUUAAUUGCAGACCUCAAGAGCCAAAGAGAUGAAGUUCAGAUGAAAGCUGCAGAAGAAUUAAGACUUCUUGCCAAGGACGAUGUAGAGAACCGUAUUAUCAUAGGUCAAUGUGGGGCUAUAGGCCCAUUACUUUCGCUGUUAUAUUCUGACAGAAAGGUGAUACAAGAGCAUUCUGUGACAGCUCUCUUAAACCUGUCAAUUAAUGAAAAUAAUAAAGCCAUGAUUGCAGAAGCAGGAGCAAUAGAACCACUCAUUCAUGUUUUGAGGACAGGAAGCCCUGCUGCUAAAGAAAAUUCUGCAGCAACUUUAUUCAGUCUCUCUGUAUUAGAAGAAUACAAGGCCAAAAUUGGUCGGUCUGGUGCAGUUAAAGCCUUGGUGGAUCUCUUAGGAGUGGGUACUCUGAGGGGAAAGAAAGAUUCAGCUACCGCUUUAUUCAACCUAUCGAUUUUUCAUGAAAAUAAGGCUCGUAUAGUUCAAGCAGGAGCUGUUAAGUACCUUGUUGAGCUACUGGACACUGCUACAGGUAUGGUUGACAAGGCUGCUGCACUUCUUGCUAAUUUAUCGACAAUUUCAGAGGGUCGAUUAGCAAUCGGGCGGGAAGGGGGCAUCCCCUUGUUGGUAGAAAUUCUUGACUCUGGAUCUUUGAGAGGAAAGGAAAAUGCUGCAUCCAUUCUGUUGCAACUUUGCCUUCAUAGUUCCAAGUUUUGUACUUUGGUUCUCCAAGAAGGAGCAGUUCCACCCCUUGUUGCCCUAUCUCAAUCUGGCACACCUAGAGCAAGAGAGAAGGCGCAACAACUACUCAGCCAUUUUCGGAAUCAAAGAGAUGUAUGCACAGGGAAAGGAAAAUCAUAGGAAGAUAACUUUCUGGAUUCGUCAUUACUAUUGAAGGGUAUUAUAAUCGCUAUCAGUUUCUUCACAAAUAAUUGUGUAAAAGAGACUUAAAUUCUUUAGUUAUGAAAUUAUAUCUUCAGCAGUUGCAUCUUAUGUUUGUGUGCAUCAGGUGUUUUUUCUUUCCUCCCUAGAAUUCAAAGUGAGGAAUGGAUUGUAAAUGUAGGAUUUCUGCUUCUCCAUAUCUUUGUUUUGUUCUGUUUUUCCAUGUUUUUGUUGGAAUCUAGAGUUUUAGAUUCUGGAUUCUGUUUUGCUUUGAGGUUGGCCAGAACAUAGUAUGAACAGUUCAAACUGGCAGAGGAUUUAGGAGGAUGUAGGCUAUUGGUUCUGAUAUGAUGAGUGUUGUACAUAUAAUGUAGAUAUAUUGUGGACUCCCCCCAUUUAAUUUUGCUAUAGAUUGCUAUUUAUUUA